UUAAGUGGAUUAGUUGUGUCUUAAUGCUUACAGCAGUUAGAAUUUUCUAGCCUUCUCUCUAUUUUCUCCCAUCUAGAUUAUGUCUAUCUUAAACAAAAACUUUAACAGCAAUAUGGGUUCUUCUUCUUUUCAUGAAUUCAAGAAGCAAGCUUCUUUCUUUUUCAAGGAAAAGAUCAAAACUGCUCGGUUAGCUCUGACUGACGUUACACCUGCAGAACUGUUGGUUGAGGAAGCUACAAAUGGGAAUCCAUGGUCGCCUGACUCACGAACCAUGGGAUCAAUUUCAAGGGCUGCUUUUGAGGUCGAUGAUUAUUGGAGAAUUGUGGGGAUACUGCACAAGAGAUUAUCAAAAUUUGAAAGGAAGAACUGGAGGGCGUCAUAUAAUUCUUUGGUUGUUCUUGAGCACUUGUUGACUCAUGGACCAGAGAGUGUGGCAGAUGAGUUUCAGAGUGAUAAAGAGGCUAUUCAAGAUAUGGGAAGCUUUCAGCACAUUGAUGAGAGAGGAUUUAAUUGGGGUUUAGCUGUUAGGAAGAAAUCAGACAGAGUGUUCAAGUUGCUUGAAAAAGGACCUCUUCUUAGGGAGGAGAGAGACCGAUCUCGAAAGUUGACUAGAGGGAUUCAAGGGUUUGGAAGCUUUUGCCAGAGAUCUUCAGCAAAUAGCAUUCUGAACGAAUCAUCCAGAGGAACAACAAUUGAAAGAUGCAACUCCCAGUUUAACAACUAUGAGAAUCAGGAAAACCAGAUUCAGCCUGCAAGUGAAAGAGGUUUAAUCCAAAAGGUUGAAAAAAUACAGCAGAAAAAUGAGAAUUCAAAGAAUUCGAGUUCCCAGGGUCCAGAAACUCAGACAGGUUUGAAAGAAAAUAUGGCUCCUAAUGAUGAAGAGUUACAUAGAUGGAAUUUGUCUGGGGAGUCCAAUCCACUUAUAGAUGGGAGUGAAGAAAAUAGAGUUGGACUUACAGUUGAAGACGAUCACCCCUUUAAUGGAGUUGCGAAUCAAGCUACUGCUUCAUUGCUCUCUGCAAGAGAUGGCAUCUUGCAAGGAUGUUGAUAAAUGAAGCUUAAAAUAAGUCUAAGAGGUGUUAGAUUCAGCAACUAGUUAACUGGCUCAGCUUAUGUUGUUCCCGAUUUCUUGUGUUAUGUUGUUCAACAGUAUCUUGUUGCAACUUGAGUGUACACAAAUGUAUUGUCUUAAGCACUCCUUGAGGCUGUUGCUCUGAUAGAUAAUUCACAAAUUCCUAUUUCUGCAGUCUUUGCAAAGAAAGAGUACAUGCAAAACAGAUUAUCGUGAUGUACUGAAUGGGUUAUUCUGUUAUAAUUUCUCUAUUUUUGGUUUUA